CUCUGUUGGACCGUCACAGUUGAGACAGUUCAGGCUCUUUAUGGAAAACUCUGGAAGUUUCUACGGGGUUUAAAAGAAAAUACCCGGAGCGCAACCGUGUGAGGCGAGACAGAGGAAGGACCGACGAACAGUGCAGCUCCUGUACUUCACUGACAGCUGUUUCUGAACAGCUUCAAGUCUUACAAGACAAGCCGCUGGAUGGUCAAAAUGGGUAAAGACUACUACCACAUUUUGGGAAUCAAGAAAGGAGCAUCUGAGGACGAUAUAAAGAAAGCUUAUCGUAAGCAGGCUCUACGCUUUCACCCCGACAAAAACAAGUCACCUGGAGCCGAGGAGAAAUUCAAAGAAAUUGCUGAAGCUUACGACGUUUUGAGCGACCCGAAGAAAAAGGAUGUCUACGAUCGUUUUGGUGAAGAAGGUCUGAAAGGCGGAGGCCCCUCAGGUGGUGGUGGUCCUGGCACUUUCAGCUACACCUUCCAGGGCGACCCUCAUGCUAUUUUUGCUGAGUUCUUUGGUGGACGUAACCCCUUCGAACAGUUCUUUGGUGCCCGCAAUGGGGGCAUGGAUGAGGACAUGGACACUGAUGACCCUUUUGCCCGCUUUGGGAUGGGGGCCGGUGGAAUGGGUGGCUUCCCCCGCUCCUUCAGCACUGGUAUGGGAGGAAUGGGUGGUCACAGUAGCGUUGUAAAGAAGCAGCAGGACCCCCCUGUGAUUCAUGAUCUGCGGGUGACCUUGGAGGAAGUUCUGUCAGGUUACACAAAGAAAAUGAAAAUCUCUCGUAAAAGACUGAACCCUGAUGGGCGAACAGUAAGGACAGAAGAUAAAAUCCUGGAGGUGCAGAUAAAGAAGGGGUGGAAGGAGGGCACCAAAAUCACAUUUCCUAAAGAGGGGGAUGAGAGUCCCAGAAACAUUCCAGCUGAUGUGGUCUUUGUGCUGAAGGACAAGCCCCAUCCUAUGUUUAAACGCGACGGCUCUGACAUAAUUUACACAGCCAAGAUCUCACUCAGAGAUGCCUUAUGUGGCUGCACAGUCAAUGCACCCACACUGGACGGUAGAGCGGUAACCGUGUCAACAACAGAUAUCGUGCAUCCAGGUAUGAAGCGGCGGGUUAGCGGAGAGGGGCUGCCUUAUCCCAAACGGCCUGAUCGUCGAGGUGACCUGAUAGUGGACUAUGAGGUCAAGUUCCCAGAAAGGCUCAGUCAGAGUGCCCGGGACACCAUCGCCCAGGUCCUCCCGCGAUCAUGAACAAAACAAAAUGACCUUCAGGACUUUAUCACACUGCCAACAAUUUUUUUUUGUUUUACAUUAAUGUUCGAGCAGAGGUUAAAAUCACACGAGUACAGACACAUGGUCAUUGAGCAGAUCCUCCUGUGUGUACACCGUCAGCCAUAGUGUAAAUACCAACAUGGGAAAAAGCUCACCAUGAAAUGAGUGCAGCGUUUCACAGGGCUAAAAUGUAAAUAUGACCAAUGUUGUUUGAUGUUUGUUUUACUGAUAGAUUGAUGAGAAUAAGUGUAUAAUAAUAUAUAACAUAUGUGCAUUAUUUUGUCGGAGCUAUCGUUGGUAAUAAAGGUUCUCUUUGACAAAGAAAUUUUCUUUU